AAAACAAUCAACCUUUUGAAGAUAAAUUUUUUUCGCUCUGCUAUAAUUAAGAUUAAUAGAAUUUAUUCAGCAAUAAAGAAAAGGUGGCCUUAGACUUUUGUACGGCAGUGAAUAUUAUUUAAAAUCUAAUCUGAAAUUUUCAGAAAUUUGAUUUAGCGAUAGUUUAUCAAAACUCUUUCAACUUUGUCAACGCUCGGUUUUAUGUUGUGUACGACACAUAGCAUAAAACCGAGCGUCUGCAUUAUACGAUUUUGUUGUUGUUAAAAAAAUAAAAAGUGUUAAUUUCUAAUUUAAUGAUUAUAUAAUUUUUUAAAUUGUUUUAAGGCAGUAAUUCAAAACAAUAUUUAAACAAAUUAAGUUACAUCAGUAAAGAAUAAAUCAAAAUUUUUUAUUUAUAUACCACUAUAUACCACUAUAUACGACUUCUUUCAAUGUUGUCUGUCGAAGAAGAAACGUCACGAAAACGUGCAAACGCACGUUUAAGUUGAAACAUGCGAAGAAUCAUGUUCAGUGCAUGCUUCUGGUUUAUCGACAGAAAGAUGAAAAUAUGUAAAACAGCGUUUUUCCAAAGCUCUGAAGCAACCAAGAGGGGCAUUUUUAACAUCGUCCUGGAGAGAAGGUAAUUUCUUCUCCUUUUAGACGUUCACUUGUGUAAGUUUCCCUUCGUGUACAUUGAUUUGCAAGAGUUACCGCAAUAAUGAUGAUAGUGAAUUGUAAGGUGCUUGAACCAUUUGGUUUUCUUCAUAAUUUUUGAAAAUUUGUCUAAAAUCCACUUCAGCUGCUCCUUUGCACAUUCAUUGUUUUGAAGAUAAUCUGGUGUCUAGUGAAAUAUUUGCAUUGAACUGUGUAAUAAACUAAAAUAAAUCAAAUAUUUCAAAGCCAUAAAUUGUUUAGGCACUACAGGACAAAUGCAGAGUCUGAAAAGACAUAAUUCUGUCAGCUUCCAUCGUGGUAGUUCAUCCAACCUCGCGGUUCCUGAAUGAAUUUGUCUGCGGUAUCUACUAACUUGAUCAUAUUCGCAGUUCGGAUAAGUCACCUAUUUACUUGCCACUGAGUGUUUUCAGAUAAUAAUGAUCUUAUCAUUGGGGGUGUCCCUUAAAUAAGUCAUAUGCAUUACAUCUAAUAGAAUUUCUGAUACCAUUUUUAUUUAAAUUUCAUCUUAAGAUGGAUUCUAUAUACGAUGUUCUGCAUCUACACGAUUAACAAAACUUGCGUCUAUCCUUAAAUGACUAUAUAUUUCCAGAAUAAUUAUUUCUUGGUAUUUGCAAUAAACCCCAGCAGUACAUUUGAUACAUGCGGAUGGCGAAAUAUUCGUUAACAGCACUGUCCGCUAUCACUUGCGACAAGGUUACAGUCAUGUAACUACUUUUAUAAAUGAAUCCGGUCUCAUGCAGAUUCUUAUAUUCCUCUAUAAAGCUUUAAAAAAUUCUAAAGAUGAUUUUAACUUCUCUCUGCCAGAAUAUGCUCCAAUAAGAAAUAAUUUAGAAGGCUGGUGUUUGAUCAAUUUUCCGAGUUUGGUCUACUAUUGGUUUUGGGCUUUCAGAAAGAGGUACCACGUUACACUGAAUUUUUGUCACUAUCUCUUUUAACCAUCGCAAUUAUCUGAUCGGUUGUGUAUUUUCUGCGUUUUAACUAAUGACGAGUUGGAGGUUUAACGGUAGUCCAUGUGUCUGCUUCAAAUUCGACUGUCGAAAAACUGACUGUACUCAAGAUGUGGCUUUCUGCAGUUUUUAUAUCUUCUGGCCAAACGUCCAGUCAAAUUCGUGUACUUUUAAUAAAGUCAGAUGCAGCCGUUAGUCAUUACUGGUUGUGCUUAAAUUCAUGCAGAGAUUAUUAAGCGGUUCCACCGGCGCGGCGUUUUGAAAUAGAAGGCAUACUACAAUAGGCUUUAAACUGCAGUGCUACAGUACUUAAAUAUACUAGUCUAACCAAACCACAAAAAUACUAUCUCUGUGAUAACUUCUUCGUUGAAAGACUGCAACUCAUACAAAAACGCUCUCUUAAAGACAAAGCGCAUGAAUUCAUCAGAAUCGCAAAGGAUAGCAGACGAUAUCUUGCGAAGGGUGCACAAAAAAGUCCAGCUCUCAUUUAAAAGCUCAAUGUGAUCAGCAGCACGUAAAACUUGCAGCCACCCAGUGGGCAUCAGUUCAUGUUACAAGCACGCUUAGGAAACACCUUCGUUUCAUAGUUCCCCGGAUGUUUCGAGCAAAGUAAAGAUGAACAUCACACGCGUACCUCUAUACGUCCCGUGCUUAGAGGAGCUUAAAGCUGUUCUAAAAGAGGAUCUCUCUAAAAACUACGCUGAAGUUUCAGUUGAAGUCGUCGAUUGUCCAGACUUGAUGAAACUACCCUUUAGUUUAGCAGCUUCUGGACUUGAAGGAAAUCCAGAAAUACUAGACAUGGGAGGACCAGGUGAUCCUGCAGUUGGUGGUACCCAAUCUUAUAAUAUAGAAGCUAUUGUGUCUCGUAACAGUGGUUGCACAAAAGGAUUUAUCAUUGGAGCUGCUCAGGGACCUGACUAUUAUCGUUUUGGAUUAUCCGAAGUAUGACAAAUUAAAUCAUAAAAUUAUAAAAUGCUA